UUCACUGUCAGUCCAGCCAGGGGAAUCCUCGACAUUGGUGAAGCCAUGCAAGUGACAGUGGAAUAUCACCCAAUGGAGACCGGGCAUCAUUCCACAUCCCUGGCAGUGCACUGCGACAUAGUUGAUGAAGAUACCCACACCAGGCUUCUUGGAAAAGCUAAGGACUUCAACAUCGGGCUGGAGAAGUACUCUUUGGAAUUUGACAAGACUUAUCUCACACUGUCAAGCCAAAGAACUGCAGUCAUCCACAACAGAACUAACAUCACAGCCCGGUUCCAGUGGAAGGCUUUUGCUACUGAGGCAGAGGAGCAUCCACAGAAGAUCAGGUUGGUCUGAAAGAUGCGGUGACAUGCACUGCCCAAGGGUAAAACUAACAUAGGGGCUCAGGGGCUGCUUGUGCUCUUGAGUGCUUUAGGGUAUUAGGAACAAGUAGGUGUUCCUGCAAAGUUUGCAGGGCAGUCACAGCUCGCAGUAAAGAGCCAACAAAGUUGCUGGUUGUUCAGUUGUCAGUUCGGGAGAGGGGCAGUUUGCCCAGAGACAGGGGGACCAACCAGCAGCACGGGGGGAUCAU